CGUGCUCACUGCACACACACACAGAGACUCGGACAGAUACAGACGCACAACACACACACAUUGUGUCAUGGAUAUUCACACAGCACCUACGAGGAAUAACCAACUGGACUAUUUGGAUGAAAUGGAUCCGAAAAACGCGAAACAUGUUGAUGAUCGUGUGGACAGCGGAAUGGACUCACUGAAGGAGGACGAGUAUCAGAUACUGGUGCAAGAGCUGAUGUGUCUGAGCUGUAAAGAUGCGCACAGGGACACGAUGGACAAUGCGCACACGCACCAAGCCUGGAAGUGCGAAGUGACCGAGGACGGAGACACGUACCUGCACCUCGCAAUCAUCCAUGAGGCUGAACAUGAAGCCCUCGAGAUCAUUAAGCACUGUGUCAACGACCCCUUCCUCAACUCCCAGAACCACCAAAGACAGACCGCGCUCCACCUGGCCGUCAUCAUGGAGCAGCCGCACAUCGUGGAGGAGCUGCUGAAGGCCGGCUGUGACCCACGUUUGGUGGAUCAGUGCGGGAACACGGCGCUGCACAUCGCCUGCAGGAAAGGAUCACUGUCCUGUUUCGCCGUGCUGACUCAAGUCAACACACAUCACCUGCGCAGCAUCCUGUCUGUCCACAACUACAGCGGACACACUUGUCUCCACAUAGCCUCCAUCUAUGGCUUCCUGUCGUUGGUGGAGAACAUUGUGCAACUGGGUGCAGAUAUAAAUGCCAAGGAACAGUGUAGCGGUCGCACGUGUCUCCACCUGGCUGUGGAUCUACAGAACCUGGCCCUCGUGCAACAGUUAAUCGCUUUGGGUGCUGACGUCAACAGUAUGACGUACGGCGGCCACGUUCCGUAUCACCUGACAUUCGGCCGGCAAAACGGCGAAAUCCAGAAGCAGCUGUUUGUGAGGACGGCGUCCCCGCUACGUCAGUUCCCCGACUCAGAAAGCGAGAGUGAGGAAGAGCUCAUGUCCGACGACGAGUGUGGUUACGACGACAUCCAGUUUGGCGGGAAGUGAAGUGAACUUAAAAUAAAAACUAAAAAAAAUUUAAAAAGCAGAUGAAGCAAAGCAGAAGGCAGCUGGUCCUCAAAAUCACAGCCGUGGAUCACGUGACGUGACGUGACGUGACGUGACGUGCCGUGGCGGCUCAGACUCCUCUACACACAACAAGGAGAUGGAAGAAAGAAACAUGAGGCCGAACAAGGUGCUCGGAAAAGCUGGGGAUUGUGGGACAUUUCUUCACCUUCUCCUCAAAAAUUCCUGAAGUGACUGUGCCUGAGAUGUUAGACGUGUAUAUUGUAUAGUGUACAUUAUAUUGUAAAAAAAAAAAAAAAAAAAAAAAGAAGAAGAAUCAAGAGUUUUAUUUUUAUACAUGUAAAUAUUAAUUAUGACACUAUUGUAAAUUCUAGUCAUCUUUGUAUUUAACACUUUUUAUUAAAAAAAAAGAACAUUCCUUCAAA